AUGCUCAUGACAUCACGUCCUCCAUCUUCACCGGCUGAGACUCGAGCCGAUUGGAAUCCAGAAGAUACCCAGAACCUCGGGAGUCAUAUUCAACAACUAGAAGGCGCGAUUAGUGAAGAGCAGCAUAGCAUUACAGACAGCGAGAUGCGAGUGGACAUAUCCGCACAAAACAAAGAUGUCCAUGAAAGCUUGCCAGACUCUCAAGCCCAACGACAGGAGGAAGAGGAUAGUAGAUACCAGAAUCGAGCGCUGCAACAACAGCAGAUACGAGAUAUUGUCCGCCUCUUCCAAUGCCGGCGUUGUUCGAAGCCGUUCAAGAAUGCCAUAGCUCUGCCCUGUGGCCGAAGUAUAUGCAGGACGUGCGUUCCUGCAACCCACGUGCGAGCUAGCAUCACGUAUCCCGCUAUUCCGGAUCGACUUCGAGGUUUCAUGUGCCCUUUCGAUGAUUGUUCCAGGGAACAUGCCCUGAGUGAUUGCGGACUCGAUGUGGUUCUCAACAAAGUUAGCCAGCUCAUAGAAGAAGAAAUUCAACGAGGUCAGCGAGCUGCGACACAAGCAAACUUUUCAACAAGUAUAGGCUUUCGAGAUCCGUGGGGUGUUGCUGGUCUGCCUUCGAUGAAUGAUAACAACCAUGUUCCUCGGAUUAUGCCAGGUGGCCGGCUGGUGGCGACAUGGUCUUUGGCCGCAGAAGGAGGGUUGUUAGCCGAUGCCGAAGUCACAUAUGAGGACAUUUCGCCAGAAGGCUCUCAAGAUGAUUUCUCGGAUUUCGAUGCCAAAGGUUUGAAACAUCUGCAAACUAUUACUCGCAAUGAGGCAGCUCGAGACAAAGAUGUUGCGUCAGAUAUCGCUGCGCGGCACCAAGACCUCGACUUACCAUUGUUUGUCUGUACGCUUGCAUUUCCGUCUAUGCCUACCUUCCUCCACAUCUUCGAGCCUAGAUACCGAUUGAUGGUUCGGCGGGCAUUGGAAGGAAAUAGGACCUUUGGCAUGGUCUUACCAAAACGUCCCCGAGACGCUGACGACACCCAUUUUUACGAACUAGGCACACUCUUGCGAAUUGUCAACGCUGAAUUCUAUCCCGAUGGUCGCAGUUUGAUCGAAACAGUCGGUCUAACUAGAUUCAGGGUUUUGCGGCAUGGAGAACUUGAUGGGUACACAAUUGCAAAAACCGAACGUGUCGACGAUAUGUCACUAGAAGAGGAGGAAGCUGUUGAAGCUUAUGAAGCUGCUGCGGCGACUAGGAAUGUUGAUGCUGCCGUUCUGAACAGUGGUUCCUCCGCCGGGGUGGACAGUGCUCCCGUAGAAAUUUCGGACGAGACCAGGCCAGAGACUGAACCAAUAGGCAUCCCUCCAAUCCCUAGGACAGCGUCAGAUCUACAAGCGAUGUCGACGCAGAAUCUAAUGAGCUAUGCCACGGCUUUUGUAUCCCGCAUGCGUGGACAAAGUGUUCCAUGGUUAACAGCCCGAAUGUUUGGCAUAUAUGGAGAGUGUCCAAGCGACCCUGCUGUCUUCCCAUGGUGGUUUGCCAGCAUGUUGCCGGUGAAGGACCUCGAAAAAUAUAGACUAUUAGGCACAUCUAGUGUUCGUGAACGACUCAAGAUUUGUUGCGGUUGGAUUUUGGAGUGGGAAAGGACGAGAUGGUAA